AUAUACAUACAUACAACACAAUAAACACGAGGUAUACACGUGCACUAUAGUGAAUUCGGAAUUGGAGUUAAUUCAAAUCAAUUUUCAAUCUUGAUUUGUUUUUAGUUUUUUAAAAUUCUAUUCUGUAAAAGUCUUCUGUAGAUUUCUGUAGAUUAUUUACUAUACACUUAGUGAAGUGUGACAAGAUUAGAUUUAUGAUAACUAAAGGAAUAUCAAGAUGAUGAGUAAAUACCAUAGGCCACGUUUAACACCCAAACAUCAGGAUUCCCAACAUUUACUGUUUUCAGUCUUCACGGCGAAUGAUAUAAGGAACUUAAGUGUAACGAAAAUCAGAACACCAUUAUGUUAUAACAUUCUUGGACAUCCAUUAAAGGGUGGAUUAUACGACCCAUCUUUAGGUACAACGAGAAACAAUUCAGAGAUUUGCAGCACCUGUGGAUACAACAGUUCUAAAUGUCCAGGUCACUUUGGUCAUGUAGAAUUGCCAGUACCCGUUGUCAAUCCAUUAUUUCACAAAGCAUUGUCCAUGCUACUGAAAUUGUCAUGUUUAAGUUGCUUUACGUUACAAGUACCGCCGUACAUCAAAUUACUGCUAUCUGCAAAAUUAAAGUUACUUUAUCAAGGACACCUCAAUGAUCUCGACAUCUUGGACCAAGAAGUAACAUCCAUAAUAUCGAGUACUCAAAAAGAGGAGGAACGAACAGAGUGCAUUCGCAACGUAAUCGAUAAUUACAUGCAGAACUUUUUCAAUAGAAUCAGAUACAGUCAAACCGAACUUCAGGAUUACGAGAAUCAAGCCAAUGUAAAGAACAUUAUUAUGCAAUGGCACGUGUAUGUCGAAAGUAUGCUCAAGCAAUACGUGAGAAACAACAAAGCUGGGAUAUGCGUAAACUGUCACGAUGGUCUACCGAAGAUUUCGACGCUACAGAAUAAGAUAAUGAUAAGCAAUAAGAAGGUCGCAUCCCCUAGAGCGACGCUUGCGCACAAAUUGGAAACUGUAAUGAUCAUGCCGGAUCAAUCUAAGGAAUAUCUACGGCGAUUGUGGGAAAACGAAAGAGAUUUUCUCAAAAUAAUUGUACCAUGCUUAGAAUUGGUAGACAUCGAGUAUCCUACUGAUGUGUUUUUCUUUGAAGUAAUACCCGUGUUACCACCGAUCGUGCGUCCAGUAAAUUUUCUUAAUGGUCAAAUGAUCGAACAUCCCCAGACCUACAUUUACAAAAGCAUCAUACAAGAUUGUCUAGUUUUGAGAAAUAUCAUACAAACGAUCCAGGAUGGAGGUACCGAUCAUUUGCCUCAGGAAGGUCGAUUAGUCUUUGAACAGAUAAAAGGAAUCACGCCAAUCGAAAAGCUGCACAAUGCUUGGCAGGCAUUGCAGCAUGACGUGAAUCACUUAAUGGAUCGUGACAUGAACAAAACUCCCGAAUCCAUCAAUGGUCAAGGCUUAAAGCAAAUUCUUGAAAAAAAGGAGGGUAUCAUUAGGAUGCACAUGAUGGGUAAGAGGGUAAAUUUUGCCGCGCGCUCGGUUAUUACUCCUGAUCCUGAUUUGAAUAUUGACGAGAUUGGCAUUCCUGAAGCUUUUGCUUGCAAAUUGACGUACCCUACAGCUAUAACACCGUGGAAUGUCGUUGAAUUGAGACAAUUGGUCUUGAAUGGUCCCGAUGUUCAUCCUGGCGCGGUUAUGGUAGAGAACGAAGAUGGCUCAAUACAAGCUAUUAGUAGUCGCGAUUCUACACAAAGAGAAGCUAUCGCGAAGCGCCUCUUGACGACGAGUGACAGAACCAAUGAGUCCUUUGCCGGCGUUAAAGUGGUUCACCGGCAUCUUCAAAAUGGUGAUGUAUUGCUGAUAAAUAGACAACCGACGUUGCACAAACCGAGUAUAAUGGCUCACAAGGCACGCGUUCUUAAGGGAGAGAAAACAUUGCAUCUUCAUUAUGCAAAUUGUAAAGCAUACAACGCAGACUUUGAUGGCGAUGAGCUCAAUGCUCACUUUCCGCAAAAUGAGCUGGCCAGAAGUGAAAGUUACAACAUAGCUAAUGUAUCCAAUCAGUAUCUUGUGCCGAAAGACGGAACUCCAUUGAGCGGCCUUAUACAGGAUUAUAUGGUAUCUGGAGUGCGAUUGACUACCAGAGGUAGAUUCUUUUCGAAGACGCACUAUACGCAAUUGGUUUAUAUUGCGUUAACACAAGAUAAUAUAAUUCUUCUGCCGCCGGCUAUCGUUAAACCGAAAAUGCUGUGGUCGGGUAAACAAAUCCUUUCGACAGUCAUGAUUAAUAUCAUUCCUUCGCAUAAGGCGCGAAUUAAUUUGAUCUCCAGCACGAAGAUUAGCGCCAAGGAAUGGCAGACAGAGACGCCGCGACAUUGGAAAUGCGGAACGGAAUUUAAAAAUCUGACAACUAUGUCGGAGACUGAAGUUAUAAUUCGACACGGGGAAUUGUUGUGUGGAGUGCUCGAUAAAAUACACUACGGCGCAACACCCUAUGGUCUUAUUCAUUGUAUUUACGAAUUGUACGGGGGAAUAUGUGCGAGCAAAAUGCUGAGCGCAUUUGGUAAGCUGUUUCGGAUGUUUCUGCAAUGCGAUGGAUUCACUCUCGGCGUUGAGGACAUUCUGAUAACUCGUAAGAUCGACGAAAAACGCAAAGAGAUCAUUUCUAACUGUAGAAAAGUUGGGGAAACUAUACAAAGGUCUAUGGUAAAAGUAUCCAAUGACGCGCCUAUGAACGAAAUUCAAGCUAAAAUGGAGGAAUCUUACUGGAAUAAUUCGAAAUUUCGCGCACAAGUUGAUCACAAGUAUAAGAGCGCUUUAGACGUUUACACCAACGACAUUAACAAGGUGUGUCUUCUAACGGGUCUCCUCAAAAAGUUCCCUAACAACAAUUUGCAGCUCAUGGUACAAUCUGGCGCGAAGGGAUCCACGGUUAAUACCAUGCAGAUAUCGUGUCUGCUCGGCCAAAGUGAAUUGGAAGGCAAGAGGCCUCCAUUAAUGAUCAGUGGGAAAAGUUUGUCGAGUUUUCCGGCGUACGAUCCAACACCCAGAGCUGGCGGCUUCAUCGACGGUAGAUUCAUGACUGGCAUUAGACCUCAGGAGUGUUUUUUCCAUUGUAUGGCGGGACGCGAGGGUCUCAUUGACACAGCCGUGAAGACCAGUAGAUCUGGUUAUUUACAGAGGUGUUUAGUCAAGCAUCUGGAAGGUCUGAUUGUCAAUUACGACGCGACAGUCAGAGACUACGAUGGCAGCCUGAUUCAGUUUUAUUACGGAGAGGAUGGUCUCGAUAUACCGGGCUCACGUUUUCUAAAAAAAGAACAAAUGGAAUUUCUAGUUGACAAUAAAGAUGCUAUUAUAGACACAAAAUUAUUGCAGUGCCUAAAAACUGAUAAUGAAGAAAUUAUGAAGACGAUGAAAAAAAUCAAGAAAUGGGAAAGUAAAAAUGGUUCCUCCUUGCGGAAGAGGAGAAUCAACGAGUUUAGUAAAUUUUCUAUGGAGAAUUUUGAUCAGAGUAAUAAUGCGAAACGAAAAAGCAUUGAUAGUCAUAGCGGAAGAAGCAAAGCCGCGAUGUCACUUAUGAAGAAGUGGAUGAGGGCAACGACAGAAGUAAAAGAAUCAUUUCGCGUGCAGUGUGCCAAAUGUCCCGAUCCAGUAAUGUCGAAGUACAGGCAUGACGUUGAAUUUGGUGUAUUAUCUGAACGGAUAGAAGACUUAAUAGACGGAUACCUCUCCCGUUCAUCGACAAUUAAGAAAUCCAUUUUGAGAGAUCUACUAUCUAUAAAAGUUAUGAAGACAAUUUGCCCACCUGGUGAGCCGGUUGGUCUAUUAGCCGCCCAAUCCAUAGGCGAACCGUCCACUCAAAUGACCUUGAAUACCUUCCACUUCGCGGGACGUGGAGAGAUGAACGUGACGUUGGGUAUUCCGAGAUUACGUGAAAUCCUGAUGAUGGCAUCAAGAAACAUAAAAACUCCGAGUAUGGAAAUACCCUUUCAAAAUAACUUGCAGAAUCUUGAGAAGCAAGCAAAAAGGCUAAGAUUAAGAUUGAAAAAGUGCGUGUUAAGUGAUGUGUUGAAAAACAUCUCGAUAAACAGGAGAAUGGAAGAGAGCCCGCACAGAAGAUUGGUACACACUAUAACAAUCAAAUAUCUUUCUCACAAAUAUUACAAGGAAGAGUUCUCCGUUCAUCCGCGGGAUGUGAUUAGAUGUACCGAGGAGAUCUUUUUUAAAAAUGUGUUCAGGGAGAUUAAGAAGUUUGCCAAAGUGUCGAAAGUUUUAAUGCAUUUCGAAGGGGAGAAGAAACGGGUGAACGAUGAAGACGCGGCGAUAGAUCAGAUUGAUCCUGACGAGGUGCCGGAGAACACCGGAAACAAGACGCGAAUGGAUUUGGGAGAGAUGCACGAGUCAUCCGACGAGGAGCAGGCUGCAGAAGACGCUGAUGCGACGAUGACAAAAUCAUUACUGCGUCAUCGAGAGAAUCAAGAAUAUGAGGAUCCCGAAGAUGAGGAAGAAAUUGAUGAUAUUGUGAAUGAUAAAGAGGAAGAGGCGGAUGAUGAUAAUAAUGCAAAUAGAAUUUUCAAGAAUGAGGGCGAGGAAGACGAUGACGACAAUAUUAGCAAGUUGAGUAAUAGAAAAAGUAACAAAUUUACUAACAGGAAAGAUUGGGUCUUACAUACAUAUGACUAUGCUAUGGAUUAUGAUUAUGACGAGAGUAAAUUGUCAUGGUGUAAAUUUACCUUUUGGUUACCACUCAAAACUAUCAGAUUAGAUUUACCAACAAUAAUUAAGAAUGCCGCUAGCAAAUCUGUUGUAUGGGAAACACCAUGCAUCAAGAAAGCUUUUACAUUUCAAAACAGCAAAGAUGAAACGAUUCUCAAAACGGAUGGUUUAAAUAUAAUGGAAAUGUUCAAAUAUGAUAAUAUUCUUGAUUUAAAUAGAUUAUAUUCUAAUGACAUUUAUAAUAUUUCUCAAACAUAUGGAAUUGAAGCCGCAAAUAGGGUCAUUGUGAGAGAAAUCAGGGACGUUUUUAAAAUGUAUGGCAUCACCGUUGACUCUAGGCAUCUGUCCUUGAUCGCAGAUUAUAUGACCUUUGAUGGCACGUUCAAACCACUCAGUCGAAAAGGAAUGGAGAAUUCCGCUUCCCCGUUGCAACAAAUAAGUUUUGAAAGCUCACUAGGUUUUUUGAAAACAGCGACGUUGCAAGGACCAAAUUUGAUCGACCGAUUACCAGUGUUACGAUCAGGUUGCAAUUCCGACGUAAAAGCCCGAUUUGGACAUGAGACCUUUCGAACUUUGGAACAAUUUUAAAUAAUGAUUUACAAUUUUUUAUUUUUUUUUAUUUUUGCACGAUAGCUGAAAAUACAUAUUCGCAUCUAUUCUGUGAAUAUUAUGACAGAGAACUAUCAAACUGCUUUCACAUGUUUGGUAUCUUAUAAGGACCUUACAUUAUAAAUGGCACGGAAAUCUGCUUAACCGUAUUCAUUUAAAUUAAAAAGGUUCGAUUUAAAACACGGUCUGAUUUACCCCAUUCUCCCUCCCCUUUUUUAUAGUUGGGAAAUGCAUCCUCUUGUCUCUUCUAAUAUUUUUAAACUAAAGUUAAAGUUAAUAGCUAAUCAAAUUUAGGUAAAUACGUACAAAAGGGGAGCAGUCUCUGAAGACCUUGCUCUUGACAUAUGUUAUUAAGGAGAUUGUCCUAAGUUACUUGCAAAAGGUAAUGCUCAUUCUUCAUUAAAAAAUUAUUAGCAACAAAUGUUGGUAAUUAUUUACUAUAGCGGACCCAGCUUCAUUUACUUGAAAAGUCUAUUGUGUGGAAAGUAAACGCUUGAGUGGGAGACAGGCUCCGCCCUUCUCCCGCAUCCCCUACUUUACAUAUCUAACUUAACCCAACUUCAAAUUUUGCUUUGUGAUCACACAUAUAUGAUCACAAAACAUGUAACCAUAUAUGUGUGAUAACAUAGCAAAAUUUGGGGUUGGGUUAAGAAUGUCAGGGAAAGGCAGAGUCCCGGCAUCCCCCGCCUAAGCAUUUAUUAUAAGCGUGGAAAAUCUAAAUUGGAAAGUAUGCGUAGCUGUUCAUAUUAUCAACAGCAUAUUUACAUUGUCAACUUUAUUUGUUAAUAACUGUAAUAUGUAUAUGUCAUGAUCAUCGGAGGUCUCCUAUUCGAUAUAUUUGCCACUAUCUAUUACAUACAAGAUGUUAUUUAACAAAAAUAAUAAAAUGACAAAUUUCAUAUUUUAUAAAUAAACAUUUGUUAAUAAUUUUUUAAUGAAGAUUACUUAAAACUUUUUGCAAGUUACUCAGGAUCAUCUUGAUAACAUGUCAAGGUCAAAAUAAUCAGAGACUGCUCUCCUUUUGUACAUAUUUACCAAAAUUUAUUCAUAUUGCAUGAACGAAAAACUAGUUUAGUUAAAAAUUGGAUUAAAAUUAAAUUAAAGCUCCUGACUCCUCAGCCGAGAACUCCGCGUUGACGGUAGCGACAUUCCGUCGCGGACAAAA